CAGAACCAUAGAGAUGGUAUAUUUGGUGAAGAGUUUAGAAAGAAAGUUAGGGAGAGAGAAGGAAGAGAACCUAUUGUACAUGACCUUGCAAACGAAAGUUUGCAAAAUGUCAUAAAAACUUACUUUGCAGACAAUGAACUGAGAAGGGAUGAAUAUUUAAGAAAACUCAAAUGGACAGUACCAAAUGAAAUGUUAGUAUUGAAAAACAUGUUCCUUGACAAAAUAAAACCAACUACAGAAAUAAAUGACGCAAGACUGAAACAUUGGGUAAAAGCUUUCCCAUUCACAAAAGAUAUUAUUGGUAACAUGGAAAGAAAACCAGAAUGGCUACAAAAACAUAUAUUUGGAAACGAGCUUAUUCCAUAUGGACAAGCUCUGUUUGAAGAGCUUGAACCGGAAACUCAGGAAAGAGUCAUGCAAACAAUACGCGAAGACUCAAAUACAAACUAUGACAAAAUCUUUCUAGGAUAUAGGUUACCUGAGAUGGGCGACCAGAGCCCAAAGGCAAAAAGGACAUGGGAAAUUUACAACAUACUAGGUGAACAUGAGGCAAAGAUGCAACAACUUGAAGCAGAGGGCAAGUUACCAAAAGCGACACCAAAGAAGAAGAGUAGAACAAAGUGA